AUGUUUGCUAAAGGUUUGUGUGAAAAUGACCUUUUCCUGAAAUUUUGCGGUACCUGGCGCCAUGGCAAGAACCCACUGAGCCUGGACGUCAGGCUCUCCACAGGCUGUGACAAGCUUUUCAUUUCAGCCAACGAGAGCUCUCUGUCUAUCCAAGGGAGUAUCACUGCCCAGUGUACAAGGGUCGACGUAAUUCCUCUUAACACAUAUAAACUUGAUUCAAAGGAGGACAUCCACUUCUGUGUUCACUGGGAGCCGCUGCUGGACCAGCUGAUGCUGCAGCUGGGAGGCAUGAACUUCAUUUUGUGCAAGCCUUCAAGUUCACCUGACUCCUGCUGCACCGAUCUGACUGAUGAUUUUAAAGAGCCUGAAGCAGCGUAUGGCAUCACCAACGGAAUGAUCCGAAACGAUGUUGUCAGCACUCAGACAGUCACCGGCUACAACUUCAUAGGAGAGAACACCUCCUGCAAAGAUUUAUGUGAACAAGCGAAGACCAACAGAGAAUGGCCUAAGAACGUCGAACUUCCCUGCGCUCACAAAUUAGAAAGCGAGAUGAAGAAAGAUUUCAGCGGCUCUAAUUUCACAUCAAAUUUUUUCCGAUCUUCACCCACGAUCUAUGUUCCCCCAGCUGUGAAACCAGCCACACGGAUAAAAAGCAAAGUGUACAUCACUUUCUACAAAAACAACUCGCUGUUCCAGGAGGGAUUCAAAGAGUUCAAGCUUCUCCACUUUGUGGUGGAAAUCACAGUGGAGAAUGAAGUCAUCGCUGAUCUUCCUGAGCCAAUAAGGAUGGACUUUCCCCAUGAUGUCAUACCUAAAAUCUACACAAGGAAAUGUGUUUCGUGGGACACUCGGAAAGAUCCAUUGAGGGUGAAUUGGUCAGAGGAUGGAUGUGUGACUCAUGUGAAAGGAGCAAAACACACCGAGUGCCUGUGCAACCAUCUGACUUACUUCACUGUGCUGGUGCAACCAAAGCUUCAACCAGUGCGCCACCUGCUGGCCCUCACAGCCAUUUCAUCUGUGGGCUGUGCUUUGUCCUUCAUCAGCUGCAUCGCUCUGAUCGUUUUUUUCUGUAGAAAGAGACGAUCGAAGGAUCAGUCUAUAUCCAUCCAUCUGGGCUUAGCCGUGUCCCUGGGUUUCCUCAGUCUGCUCUUUUAUCUUACUGGGGUCUUGGCUAAUCUGGUAGGGGAGAGUGUGUGCAUCUUCGUGGGGGCCUUACUCCACUAUGCCACGCUCAGCUCCCUCACCUGGAUGGGCGUACAAGUGUUCCACACCUUCUGGUUGGUUUACAUGGUCUUUAGACCCUGCCCAAAACCCUACGUGUGGUACCUGAUAGGCUUUGGUCUCCCGCUGGUUCCUGUUGUUAUACUGGCUUCAGUGGGAGGUUUCUAUGGACUGACAGAGGUGGUACCAGCUGAUGACAUCAACAAUCCUUAUCGGAUGUAA